AUGAAGAAUGACAAACAAGAGAUGCUGGCUACAAAAGAUAAAAAGAGAUUGUCUGACGUUAGGGCCGGUGUUAAACUGAAGAAAAAUAUUGGUCUGGUCAGCGGUACUUCAUUUGUCGUGGGUUCAGUAAUAGGAGCAGGGAUAUUCAUUACUCCAAGAGGUGUACUGAAAGAAACCCGAUCUGUCGGAAUCACUCUCUCGGUGUGGGCAGGUGCUGGAUUACUCUCCCUUCUAGGUUCGCUGGCAUAUGCCGAGCUCGGAUGUUUAAUAACCAAGUCUGGAUGUGAUUAUCCCUACCUAUGGAGGGGACUGGGGAGAGUUAUCGCUUUUCUGUUUGCAUGGACAAAGAUAAUGAUCAUGACCCCCUCUGACCUGGCCAUCGACGGGCUCAGUAUUGCGGAGCACAUGGUAACCUUCUUCGACUACUGUGGCUCCCCAAAGAUACCAAGCAAACUUAUCGCAGCCUUGACUAUACUUACAUUGGCCACCAUUAACUGCUGGGACACGAAACUUGCUGCCAGUGUACAAGUAUUCUUCACCGCCUUUAAACUUAUCGCCAUCGGCAUCAUCAUAGUUGGUGGAUUUAUCUGGAUAGGACAGGGUAAAACACACCAUCUAACUGGGUUUACAAGUUCAGCCACAUCCGAAUCCGUAUCGUCCAUUUCACUGGCCUUCUAUGAUGCUCUGUGGGCUUACGAUGGAUGGAACACACUGAACUAUGUUACAGAGGAGCUGAAGAAUCCUUAUGUAAAUUUGCCACUAGCCAAUAUAUUUGGGAUGGCCAUGGUUACGGUACUAUACAUCCUUGCAAACAUCUCCUACAUCGCCGUGCUUGGUGUGGAUGGCAUCCUGGAAUCCAGUACCAUUGCUGUGACAUGGGGACAGAGGGUCCUAGGGCCCGCUGGUAUCGUCAUGCCUAUUUUUGUGAUGUUUUCCACGUUUGGCUCAGCCAAUGGUUCCAUGUUCUCUGGUGUUCGGACACUCUACGCGGCGGCAAGGGAACACCAAUUCCCGGAGGUUUUGUCGUACGUUAGUUGUAAACGGUAUACUCCAAUUCCGUGCAUUGUUUUUACGACGACAUUGUCUCUACUGAUGCUGAUACAUGGUGAUGUGGAGAGUCUUAUAGAUUUCUUCAGUCUAGCUGCUUUACCAUUUUAUGCUCUAACAACUGUAUCUCUGGUAGUCCUGAGGUUUACCAUGAAGGACGCACAUCGCCAUAUAAAGAUAUUUCUCCCUUUGCCGUUGAUGUUCAUUGUUUGCUUUGUGUAUUUGACGAUAACGCCCAUCAUUCAGGAUCCUACUUUUGAAUACCUCUAUACCUUCGUCAUUAUAAUGAGCGGCUUGGUUGUAUACCUUCCCUUCGUUCAUUACCACAUUGACAACGGUUGUUUCAAGCCAGUGACAAGAUUCAUCCAGUGUUUGAUAGAAGUGGUGCCAAGUCCGUACGACCCAGAUAACAACUAA